GCGGGGCCCGGGGCGGGGCGGGGCGACUGUGGGCCGCGAGCUCAGCGAUCGGCAGCAGGCGGCAAGAGAUCGCUGGCCAGCCGAGCGCGACACUCGCUGGGUUGGGGAGAUCGGCACUGGGCCGGGUGAGCGUGAGCCUGGGAGAUGGCAGUGAUGGAAAUGGCCUGCCCAGGUGCCCCUGGCUCGGCAGUUGGGCAGCAGAAGGAACUGGCUAAAGCCAAGGAGAAGACACAGCCGAUGGGGAAGAAGCAAAGCUCUGUCUACAAGUGUGAGGUCGUGGAGAAGAGCCACGUGUUCUGUGGGAAGUGGGAAAUCCUGAACGAUGUGAUUACCAAAGGCACAGCCAAGGAAGGCUCCGAGGGAGGGCCGGCUGCCAUCUCCAUCAUCGCCCAGGCCGAAUGUGAGAAUAGCCAAGAGUUCAGCCCCACCUUUUCAGAACGAAUUUUCAUUGCUGGGUCCAAACAGUACAGCCAGUCUGAAGGCCUUGAUCAAAUUCCCAACAAUGUGGCCCAUGCAACUGAGGGCAAAAUGGCCCGUGUGUGUUGGAAGGGAAAGCGGCACAGCAAAACCCGGAAGAAAAGGAAGAAGAAGAGCUCGAAGUCCCUGGCUCAUACAGGAGUGACCUUGGCCAAACCCCUUCCCAGAACCCCUGAGCAAGAGAGCUGCACCAUUCCAGUGCAGGAGGAUGAGUCUCCACUUGGCACCCCGUAUAUUAGAAAUAAUCCCCAGUUCACCAAGCCUCUGAAGGAACCAGGCCUUGGCCAGCUCAGUUUUAAGCAGUUUGGCGGGGGCCUUCGGCCAGCCCUGCCUCGAUCGGAACUUCACAAACUGAUCAGCCCCUUGCAAUGUCUGAACCAUGUGUGGAAACUCCACUACCCCCAGGAUGGAGGCCCCCUGCCUGCUCACCCAUUCCCCUACAGCGGACUGCCCCACCCCUUCCCGAUCCACCCUCUCCAGCCCUGGAAACCUCACCCCCUUGAGUCCUUCUUCCUGGGCAAACUGGCCUGUGUGGAUAGCCAGCAGCCCCUGCCUGGCCCACACCUGAGCAAACUGGCCUGUAUAGAUAGCCAACAGCCCCUGCCUGUCCCACACCUAAGCAAACUGGCCUAUGUAGACAGUCAGAAACCCCUGCCUGGCCCACACCUGAGCAAACUGGCCUGUGUGGGCAGUCAGAAGCCCCUACCUGGCCCACACCUGAGCAAACUGGCCUGUGUAGACAGUCAGAAGCCCCUGCCUGACCCAUACCUGGAGCCCAGCUACCUGUCUCGUAGCACCUGUGAGAAGUUUUCCGUGGAGGAGUACUUGGUACACGCUCUCCAAGGCAGUGUGAGCUCAGGCCGCGCCCACAGCCUGGCCAGCCUGGCCAAGACCUGGUCAGCAGGGGGCUCCAGGCCACGGAAGUCCAGCCCUGAAACUGAGGACAGCGAGGGCGUCCUGCUUACUGAGAAGCUCAAGCCAGUGGAUUAUGAGUAUCGAGAAGAAGUCCACUGGGCCAUGCACCAGCCCUGCCUGGGCAGAGGCUCCUUCGGAGAGGUACACAGGAUGGAAGACAAGCAAACUGGCUUCCAGUGUGCUGUCAAAAAGGUACGAGUCGAAGUGUUUCGCGCAGAGGAGUUGAUGGUAUGUGCAGGGUUGACCUCACCCAGAAUUGUCCCUUUGUAUGGCGCUGUGAAGGAAGGUCCUUGGAUUAAUAUCUUCAUGGAGCUGCUAGAAGGUGGCUCCCUGGGUCAGCUAAUAAAGCAGAAGGGCUGUCUGCCAGAGGACCGGGCCCUUUACUACCUGGGCCAGGCCCUGGAGGGACUGCAGUACCUCCACACACGAAGAAUUCUGCAUGGAGAUGUCAAAGCUGACAACGUGCUCCUGUCCAGCGACGGGAGCCGUGCAGCCCUCUGCGACUUUGGCCAUGCCAUGUGCCUUCAACCUGAUGGCUUGGGGAAGGCCUUGCUCACAGGGGACUAUAUCCCCGGCACGGAGACGCACAUGGCUCCCGAGGUGGUGCUGGGCAAGCCCUGUGAUGCCAAGGUGGACAUCUGGAGCAGCUGCUGCAUGAUGCUGCACAUGCUCAAUGGCUGCCACCCUUGGACGCAGUACUUCCGGGGGCCGCUCUGCCUCAAGAUUGCCAGUGAGCCUCCACCUGUGAGGGAGAUCCCACCUUCCUGUGCCCCUCUCACCGCCCAGGCCAUCCAUGAGGGGCUGAGGAAAGAGCCCGUCCACCGAGCAUCUGCGGUGGAGCUGGGGGGGAAGGUCAGCCAGGCACUGCAGCAAGUGGGAGGUCUGAAGAGCCCUUGGAGGGGAGAAUAUAAAGAACCAAGACACCCACCGCCAAACCAAGCCAAUCACCACCAGACCCUACAUGCCCAGCCGAGGGAGCUCUCACCAGCACACACAGAGCCCCAGCCAGCUGAAAACACAACAGCCGGGGCCCCUCAGCUUCAGCCUCCUCUGCCACCAGAGCCCCCAGAGCCGAACAAGUCUCCCACUUUGCCCUUGAGCAAGGAGGAGUCUGGGAUAUGGGAACCCUUGCCUCUGUCAUCCCUGGACCCGGCCCCUGCCAGAAACCCCAGUUCACCAGAGCGGAGAGCAGCCUUCCCUGAGCAGGAGCUGCAGCAGCUGGAAAUAGAAUUAUUCCUGAACAGCCUGUCCCAGCCAUUUUCUCUGGAGGAGCAGGAGCAGAUUCUUUCCUGCCUCAGCAUCGACAGCCUCUCCUUGUCAGAUGACAGCGAGAAAAACCCAUCAAAGGCCUCACAGAGUUCAAGGGACACACUGAGUUCCGGGGUACACUCCUGGAGCAGCCAAGCAGAGGCUCGGAGCUCCAGCUGGAACAUGGUGCUAGCCCGGGGACGGCCCACUGACACCCCAAGCUACUUCAAUGGCGUGAAAGUCCAAAUACAGUCUCUCAAUGGUGAGCACCUGCACAUUCGAGACUUCCACCGGGUCAAGGUGGGAGACAUCGCAACUGGCAUCAGCAGCCAGAUCCCAGCUCCAGCCUUCAGCUUGGUAACCAAAGAUGGGGAGCCUGUUCGCUAUGACAUGGAGGUGCCAGACUCGGGCAUUGACCUGCAGUGCACCUUGGCCCCUGAUGGCAGCUUCGCCUGGAGCUGGAGAGUCAAACACGGCCAGCUGGAGAAUAGGCCCUAGCCCUACCUCUCACCGGUGGCUCCGCUCUGCCGGCAGCAGCUCCCUAAUACCCUGAGACACAGGCUCAGCCUGGGACCAGAGGCGGCAGCAGGGAAGUAGCGGCAAGCAGCAUGCCUCCCGGGAUUUCCCACCUGAGGCCUGCCCACCAGGAGAACACUCCGCCCAUGUGAGGAGACAAGGAGGAAGGCAGGACUCUUCCUCAGGGAAUGAAGAGGAUCUUCUCUGCCCUGCUCCAGUCGAGUUGGCCUGGCCUGUUUGGAUCAGUGACCACUUGCUGCCACUCAGGGGAGAGCAGCUUCUGGCUUGGAUGGCCCUGUGGCCGCCAGGCAGUUGUGAGGGUGUCGAGGAUCUAAGGGCCCACACCACAUCUGGUGCAGGACCAGGGCAGCAGGUGUGCCUACCCCUGGGUUCCUAGUCACCUAAUUCCCUUUUAGAUCUAGGAGGAAAGAAUGACUGACACUGGGAAGUCUCCGUGGUGAAAUACACCACACUUCUCAGGGUGUUGCAAUACAGGUCCUGAGUUGAACUCUGGUUCAGCCAGGGACCAAAGGAGGUGUUUAAGUGGUUUUCAGUCCCCAGUGUGUGCUCCUGUGCUGCUGGCCCUGCUCCACCCUAGAGCAGCAGGCCCAGCACUACCACGGACUAGCUGUCACUCAGUUCUCUCAUCAGUAAAGGUGAAGGGUGACAGGAAUGGUCUGUGGAUGAGGCAUGACAGAUGCUAAAGAAAGCAGAGGGUGUAGGUGUGCCUGUGCCCUGGGCCCCACUGUCAACACCCACAUGCCAGCUCCCCAGGAGCGCAGCUGGACAUCACACUCCCCCUGCCCUGCCCCUAUUAUAGGGCACUGUCAGUGACACUUUGCACUCUGAUGACCUCAAAGCACUUUCACAGCCACCCUCUACCAGGGUGGGUCAGUGGGUCUGUGUGAGCACAGCAGACAAGGAGGUGGAGUAACAGUCUUGACCUGCCCACAUGUUUGUGAACCCUUUUCCUGAUUUCUCUAAAACGAGCACCCCUUCCUCAUUAUCCCAGCCCAGCCUCUUCCCUGGGGGUGGGGAGAAACUGCUCAGGACUCAUGUAGCAUUAAAUCAACUGUGAAUCACUGGGGGCAGGGGACACUGAGACUCCUUGGAAAAAGCUCGUCCCCACAUCUUGUGAAGGUUGCCCGUGUUGGCUCGGCGCCUGUGGCUC